GUAUACAACCCGCAUGAACAGACCAUCCAACAGGAGGCCCAUGGAGCAGAGAAGAAGAUGCUGACAUCAUCCAGUGGGAUUCCCAUUGGAGACCUGGUCAGCUCAAUGACCGUAGGACCCAGAGGACCGAUUGUUUUUCAGGAUGUGGUUUUACUGGAAGAAAUGGCUCAUUUUGUCAGAGAACGUAUCCCGGAGAGGGUGGUGCAUGCCCGUGGAGCUGGAGCAUUCGGGUAUUUUGAAGUGACUCAUGAUAUUACCAACUACUGUAAAGCCAGUGUGUUUGAGCACAUCGGGAAGAAGACACCCAUUGCCGUGCGGUUCUCUACUACGAGUGGAGAGUCUGGCACUUCUGACUUUGCUCGGGAACCUCGUGGGUUUGCUGUGAAAUUCUACACAGAACAAGGGAACUGGGACCUGGCUGGCAACAACAGUCCAGUUUUUUUCUUAAGAGACCCCAUGUUGUUCUCAUCUCUUUCACGCGCUCAGAAGAGAAACCCGCAGACACAUCUAAAAGACCCAAAUGCACUUUGGGAUUUUUUUAGCCUUCGCCCAGAAACCCUCCAUGAGGUCACUAUGAUAUUUACUGAUCGUGGUACCCCUGAUGGUUUUCGAUUCAUGCACGGAUUUGGAAUCCAUGCUUUUAAAUUGCUCAAUGCACAUGGAGGAGCUGUAUACUGCAAAUUUGUCUACAAUACGAAUCAAGGUAUAAAAAAUCUAACAAGUGAACAAGCGACACUUCUUUCUGGAACGAAUCCAGACUAUGCAAUUAAAGAUCUAGAAGAUGCCAUCAACAAAGGAGACUUCCCUUCUUGGAAUUUAUAUAUAUCAGGUCAUGACUUUCGAGCAAGCCAAAAACAUGCCUUUUAA